AUGUUGAAAUUUGUUGCUCCAGUCGUCCCUGAAGCACUAGGAGUUGUUCCUGCUGCACCAGCCGCACAGGUUUUACAGUCAUUGUUGGGAUUACUGAACAAUCAUGUAGCCCCACAACCAGCAGUUCACCCAACUUUAACUUUGGAUAGAGGUUCCUUAUUUGAGAGGUUUAUGAAGGCAAAACCUCCAGAAUUUCACGGAACAGUGGACCCUACGGAGGCAUGGGUACUAGAGAUGGAGAAAAUAUUUGAUGUUCUAGGUUGUUCAGCAGACCAGAAGGUGGCCUUCGCAGCUUUUAGGUUCAAGGGUCAAGCAGAGCAUUGGUGGCGCAUGGUGAAGCGUCAAUAUGAGGGUAGAGAAACAGAGCUAGUGUGGAGCAAGUUUCUAGAAUUGUUUAAUGAGAAAUACUUCCCUGAAGCGGUGCGAAGGCAGAAGCAAGUGGAUUUUCUCAAUUUGAAGCAAAAUGACAUGUCAGUGGCUCAGUAUGAAGCCAAGUUUGCGGAGUUGUCGAGGUAUGCCCCACAUCAGGUGGCCAUAGAGGAAGAUAGAGUGAUGUUGUUUGAGAAUGGCUUGCGGUCAGAGAUCUAUGCAAAAGUAGCUAUUUUGGAGAUGAAGACAUAUUCUGCAUUGGUAAGCAAGGCAUUACUAGCUGAAAGGGGAGUAGAAGAGGAAAAGAGAGCUGAGGAACAAAAGGCUAAGGAACCACAAAACAAGAGACUUAGAGAGGAGAGACAAGUAGAGCAUCGUGGUGGUGGUAGCAAUCCUAGCAAGAAGCCUUACACCCAAGGCUAG